GGGACAAAUGAAGUUCAUAGUCCACAGCUGGUGAUGGCGGAUGUUGAAAAAGAGAGCAUGAAGAAUUACCGCAUAGCUUCGGAGAAAAUUAACCCGGAGGCCAGUCGCUAUCCUUACUGUAUAGUGUGGACACCUAUCCCCGUGUUAUCAUGGCUGUUUCCCUUCAUUGGUCACAUGGGUAUCUGCACUUCCACUGGAGUCAUCCGGGACUUUGCUGGGCCUUACUUUGUUUCAUUUGUUUUCCUCCUUAAAUCCAGAUACUGGAUGCUUGAUGUAAGCAAGGUUUACACCAGCGGCUCCAAUGCCUGGGACACAGCCGUGCAUGACGCUUCAGAGGAGUAUAAACACAGGAUGCACAACCUAUGCUGUGAUAACUGCCACUCGCAUGUCGCAAUGGCUCUGAAUCUGAUGCGAUAUGAAAACAGCACCUCGUGGAACAUGAUCAACCUCUGCCUCCUCGCUCUCAUCCACGGAAAGCAUGUGAGCUGUGCAGGCUUUCUGAAGACCUGGCUGCCUUUUCUGAUGCUCAUGGGCAUCGUCCUUACAGUGGCCCUGGCCCUCAACCUCCGGUGACCUGGGAGCAAGUCUAGGGACAUGGUGGAAACCCCCUCGUGGGUCAGAUGUGGCGCUGACCUUUUGAACAACACAGGAGAGGGGAAACCAGUAACAAAGACUCCUCACCUCUGAGAGAAGAUUGAUGGAGAGGAUUGUCCAGGACAUGCCUGAUUGCUGGCUCGAGCAUGAUCACUGGCUUUACUGCCGUGUGGAUGCUAGAAUGUCCCAGUGAUGGAAGUCCAUUUAUAAUCGCCUGCAAUGACUAGGACUACACAAAAGCAUUUAUUGGAUUCUGAAUAUUAAAAGUGUGACUGGCGGUUUUAAGCCAUUGCCGCCUGCAAAGUGUAACAGUAAACAGUUGAAAAGAA